AUGGGCAACCUCCUCGCAAAAUGCGAAUCUCUUAUGCUUGAUGGCAGAAUAGUUAAGGGGUAUACACAUGAGAGGUUCUUUGACAUUAUUGGGCAAUCGGUGCUAAAUGGCGUCAGAAGUUCUGAAGCAAAACUUGGUGGUACUACAUCUUUGAGGUGA